AUGCUAUCAUCCCCUCAAGGACGACGACCGGCUCAACCACCUCCCCUCUCUCAGCUCAAAUCGGCCACCAUAGCACCGCAGACAAUGCCAACGCAAACGUCAAAGCAAGCUGCACCAUCUCUCCCAGUUCCAGCAAGACCACCCACUAUUCACGGGACAAUUUACAGAGCGAGCCCGACGAGACGCCGUCCAGGCACAACACCUAUGGGAACAUCUAGCCAAACCUCGCCCACAACAGGAAGGAGGAUCACCGGAGCGCCUAUUCAGAGAAUGUCACUGACGCGUUCGGCUUCUACACGUUCAGGAGUGUCAGGUCCAACCGCAGGACGUUCCACAACCACAAGCGGUCAGACCGCUCUUCAACCAACGCCGGGUACCGCGGAGAAAAAGGUAAUAUUUUAG